AUGGAGCCCCCGCUGCCCACUCCUCCGUCGCUCUCGCUUUCCCCCUUCACACUCCCCUUAGCCCGUCACCCUCGCUUUCCCCUCGUCGUCAUGGCUUCCCCUGUCGGUCUCGCUUUCCCCCGCCACACACUCCUUCCCCCGUCUCUCUCGCUUUCCCCCCCUGCCCACUCCUUCUCCCGUCGUUCUCGUUUGCCCCCGUCACCCACUCCUUCCCCCGUCGCACUCGUUUUCCUCCGUCGCCUCUGGCUUUCCCCCGUCGUCCUUGCUUCCCCCAUCGCCCUCGCUUUCCCCCGUCGUCAUUGCCUUUCCCCGUUGCUCUCGUUUUCCCCCGCCGCCCACUCCUCCUCCGUCGCUCUCGCUUUCCCCCUUCACACUCCCCUUAGCGCGUCGCCCUCGCUUUCCCCUCGUCGUCAGUGCUUCCCCUGUCGGUCUCGCUUUCCCCCGCCGCACACUCCGGCCCCCCCCGUCGCCCUCGAUUUCCCCUCGUCGUCAGUGCUUCCCCCGUCGGUCUUGCUUUCCCCCGCCGCACACUCCUUCCCCCGUCUCUUUCGCUUUCCCUCCCUGCCCACUCCUUCUCCCGUCGUUCUCUUGCUCCCGUCACCCACUCCUUCCCCCGUCGCACUCGCUUUCCCCCGUCGCCUCUGGCUUUCCCCCGUCGUCCUUGCUUCCCCCAUCGCCCUCGCUUUCCCCCGUCGUCAUUGCUUUUCCCCGUUGCUCUUGUUUUCCCUCGUUGCCCACUCCUUCUCCGUCACUCUUGCUUUCCCCCUUCACACUCCCCUUAGCCCGACGCCCUCGCUUUCCCCUCGUCGUCAUUGCUUCCCCUAUCGGUCUCGCUUUCCCCCGCCGCACACUCCUUCCCCCGUCUCUCUCGCUUUCCCCCCCUGCCCACUUCUUCUCCCGUCGUUCUUGUUUGCCCCCGUCACCCACUCCUUCCCCCGUCGCACUCACUUUCCCUCGUCGCCUCUGGCUUUCCCCCAUCAUCCUUGCUUCCCCCAUCGCCCUCGCUUUCCCCCGUCGUCAUCGCUUUCCCCCGUUGUUCUCGUUUGCCCCCGUCGCCCUUUCUCUACCCUCUCACCCACACUUGUCACCGUCCCCCAUGCUUUCCUGAGUCGCACACGCAUUCCCCGGCGCCCACACUUGUCACCGUCCCCUGUCGCUCUUGCUUUCCUCUGUCAUCCUCCCUCCCUUUCCCCUAUCGUCAUUACUUCCCCCAUCGCCCUCGUUUUCCCUCGCCGCCCACUCCUUCUCCCGUCGCUCUCCCUUUCCCCCGCAGCCACUACAUCUCCUGUCGCUCUCUCUUGCCUCCGACACCCACUCCUUCCCACGUCGCCGUCGCUUUCCCCCGUCUCCCUCCCUUUCACCCGUCGUCCUUACCCUCCCCGUCGCUCUCACACACUCCUCGACGCUCUCGCUUUCCCCCGUCGCCUUAGUUACACACCGUUGUCAUUGCUUUCCCCCGUCGCCAGCUCCUUCCCCUCUCGCCCUCCCCUUCCGCUCCCGCCUUUUCUUGACCCCCGCCUUUGGCUCCCCCGUCGCUUUUGGUACACCCGUCGGUUUUGGUACACCCCCCACCAUUGCUCCCCCGCCCUCGUCACCUACUCCUGCCCGGUCGCCCUCGUUUCUCCCCGUCACCCACCCGUUCCCCCUUUGCCCACGUUUCCAUCCGUCUCCCACCCUUCCCGUGUCACCAUCUCUUACACCCACCGCCCUCGUAAGCCCCCUGCCUUCCCUCUACCUGAUACCUUUGGCUGUGUGCACUCAACUGCCUCCUUCUCCCCCCGCUCCUUCGUUCAGGGAUCCUUCCACCCUCAGCAAUCUCUCAUUACUCCUCCCUCCUCACCACCCCUCCGCCUGCCCCUCACCACCACCCUCCCAUCUCUUCUUAUAGCAGAUGGCUUAUAA